AAAAUGUUGAGAAUAUAACUGUAACAGAAAACGAAGGUUCGGGCACGAGCUACAACUUGGUGAUCGGAGCGGGCGGCGAUCUGGUGGUUUCCGUUACAUUCGGAGGCAGAUGGAGUCUCGCGGCGCCGGAAUCCACCGCGUUUUUCUCCUGGCUUUCUGCGUCGCCGGCAUUUGGGCGGCUUAUAUCUACCAAGGGGUUCUUCAGGAAACUGUGUCGACAAAAAGAUUUGGUCCUGAUAAGAAGAGAUUUGAGCAUUUGGCGUUCUUGAACCUAGCACAGAGUGUAGUAUGUUUGAUAUGGUCAUUUCUAAUGAAAUGGCUCUGGUCAAAUGGUGGUGAUGCUGGAGCUCCAUGGUGGAGUUAUUGGAGUGCUGGCAUUACAAACACGAUUGGCCCGGGUAUGGGGAUUGAAGCGCUUAAGUACAUAAGUUACCCCGCCCAGGUGCUGGCUAAAUCUUCAAAAAUGAUUCCAGUCAUGUUGAUGGGCACAUUAGUUUAUGGGAUUAAAUAUACAAUCCCAGAGUAUGUCUGCACAUUGCUUGUUGCUGGAGGUGUAUCCACAUUUGCACUUUCAAAGACCAGCUCGAAGAUAACAAGCAAACUAGCACAACCAAAUGCUCCAAUUGGAUAUGGUCUUUGUUUCCUGAACCUUGCUUUUGAUGGAUUCACAAACGCGACUCAAGAUUCAAUCACAGCAAGGUACCCGAAGACAAGUGCGUGGAACAUAAUGCUAGGCAUGAACUUAUGGGGCACCAUCUACAAUCUGAUAUUCAUGUUUGGCUGGCCAAACGCCAUCGGAUACAAUGCUAUCGAUUUCUGCAGGCAGCAUCCGGAGGCAGCGUGGGACAUCCUACUCUACUGUCUGUGCGGUGCAGUCGGCCAGAACUUCAUUUUCCUAACCAUAAGCCGAUUCGGCUCCUUGACCAACACAACGAUCACAACCACCAGAAAAUUCGUGAGCAUCGUGGUUUCUUCGUUGUUAAGUGGGAAUCCCCUCUCCCAGAAACAAUGGGGGAGCGUUGCGAUGGUCUUCUCCGGAUUAUCGUACCAGAUUUACCUGAAAUGGAAGAAGUUGCAGAGAAUGCCGAAGAAAAGGAAGUCCAAUUAAGUGAGCUCAUGAUUUUUAGACUCUACAUGUAAUAUUUGAUAUUUCCCCCUCCCUUGAGCUAAAAAUUUGAUGUAAAAUUAUGGCCAAGUCAUUACAUUAAUUUGGAUUCUUGUAUCCUUGAAAUUGUAGAUUCGAAUUUAGAUGAACAGCUAAGAUCAAUGUUGAAUAGAUAAUAUUUUCAUUACAAACA